AUGGCCUCCUCCACAAUAUACAACCACAAACACCUACAACCAACAGGCGCGGCCCCCCAGGGUCCCAACUCUUUUGCCUCCCUCAACCAGUCCUUCAACCAGAUUCGCGACGAGUUCUCCGCCCUCCAGGAGCAGUGUGACUCCCUCCGGGGCCAGCGAGACGAGUACGAGAACAAAAUCAGCAGCCAGGUCACGGAGCUCAACAUCAUCCGCCAGUCUCUCUACGAGCUCGAGACUCAACAUGGAAAAAUUCGCCAGCAAUACGAGGACGAUCUCCGCAACCUACGAGCAGAACUCGACUCCUACAAGCGCAGAGGUGCCCCAGAGCCCCUUGGCCUCGCUUCACUAGGCCGCGACCGCGAACUCCGCGAACGCGAGCGCGAACUCACCGCCCGCGAACGUGAACGCGAACGCGAUGUACGCGACCGCGACCGUGACGUCGUCAUGGCCAACGCUCAGCCGACGCCCCGCCCCGACGCCCUCGCACGCGAAUCCCUCGGUCUCGGACGCCCACCCGUCAGCAUGCCCGGUGGUCCCCCGACUGGUCCUGGUGGUGAGCCCCUUGGCCCUCUCGGUUUGACACCUCACGCCGGACCUGUCGGUCUUGGAGUAGGCGCCGGUCCCGGUGCAGGCGGAGGCUACGGCGAUCCCUACUACUCUCGCGCCGACCGCGACCGCGAACGGGAGCGUGAUAGGGACAGGGAUCGCACCGUCCUCGACAGCCGGGAUCGUGAGCGGGAGAGGGACCGCGACCGCGAUCGCGACGGCCGUGAUGUGAAAAGGAUAAAGACCGAAAGAGAUCGCAUGAAGGGCGACCGUCCAGACCCGUUCUCACCUUCAAUGGGAACACAGCCUCCGCCUUCCCAUAUCCCACCACACCACCACCAUCAAUCAAUUUCCCUCGGCCCCGGCGCCCCUCCACCCUCGAAUGGCGCCCCACCAACGCCUUCGGGUCCACCAAUUCCUCAGGCGACCCCCAAACUCCCCCCAACACCUAGCGCGGGACCACCGUAUCCGGGCGGGCCAGGGCAAGCACCAGGACAGGACGGCGCCAACGGGGCUGCGGUCCUCAAUGGCCGUCGCUUCCUCGUCUGGAAUGGCCCCAUGGCCGUCGAUCUCAGCAUGGACCCUCAGAGUGUACCCCCAGAACUCAAGAACGAGGGCGCGGAUUGGUUCGCCAUCUUCAACCCUGCGCCCGUUGCUCCGGGCGACCCACCAGGCCAGAAGAAGCGUGCACUCGACGUCAAGCUUGUGCACACUCUAAUGCAUGAGAGUGUGGUUUGCUGUGUUCGGUUCUCUGCGGAUGGCAAGUAUCUGGCGACCGGCUGCAAUCGGUCAGCGCAGAUCUACGACACCAAGACGGGUCAGAAGACUUCUGCCCCCAGUAUGCUCGUUGACGAGAGCGCGAGCAAAACUGGAGACCUGUACAUUCGGAGCGUCUGCUUCAGCCCCGAUGGCAGGUACCUUGCGACGGGUGCCGAGGACAAGCAAAUCCGAAUCUGGGACAUCAGGGAAGAGCGCAUCCGUACCGUGUUCUCCGGCCACCAGCAAGAGAUCUACUCGCUCGACUUCUCGCGCGACGGCAAGCUGAUCGUCUCUGGCUCUGGGGACCGGACGGCACGGAUCUGGGACAUGAACGGGGACACGAGCCAGGCGUGCAAAGUUUUGACGAUCCCAGAGCCGGACAGCGUCGACGCGGGGGUGACCUCGGUCUGCAUCUCGCCCGAUGGGCGGCUCGUCGCGGCGGGCUCGCUCGACACGGUCGUUAGGAUCUGGGACGUUGCGACCGGGAUCCUCGUCGAGCGGCUGAAGGGCCACCGGGACUCGGUGUACUCAGUCGCGUUCACACCGGACGGGAAGGGUCUCGUGUCGGGCUCGCUGGACAAGACGCUCAAGUACUGGGAUGUACGGCCGAUCAUGCGCGCGAGGGAGAGCGUGGUGACCAAGGGCUCGGCGGCCGGGAAGGGCGAGGGCGACAAGGGCGGCCAGUGCACGAUGAACUUCACGGGUCACAAGGACUACGUGCUCAGCGUCGCGGUGAGCCACGACGGGAAGUGGGUGGUGUCGGGCUCGAAGGACCGGGGAGUGCAGUUCUGGGACGCGAACUCUGCGAUCGCGCAGUGCAUGCUGCAGGGGCACAAGAACUCUGUGAUCUCGAUCGAUCUGAGCCCGGCAGGAAACGUCCUCGCGACGGGCAGCGGGGACUGGUCAGCACGAAUAUGGAGUUACGCGGCGAUGGUGUGA